AUGGUGGCGAGGAAACCCCCAGCCACGCCAGUGGUUGGGUGGAAAUCUACGAUGAUUUCUAUUGGCAUUCGGCCUGUGCGGACUUCAACCAAAGCUUUGAUGAAAGGGCAGUGCACGUGGCAUGCCAGGAGCUUGGAUACAACCGCGGUGUCCAGCUCCCGAUUCAGUCGAACCGGGUUAUCUAUUCGUCCAACUUUCUGGAGAGGUAUCACCGACUGUUCGGACAAUUUGUCGCGAUGCGUACGCUAUUACGAGUGCCGAGACGAAGUGUAUAUUGGCUGUUCGAAAGGAGAUGCGGAUUUGGAUUACAAGAUAUUUCUACAGAACGGUACAUUUGGAACAUUAAUAAUGCAACAGUACGGUCUGAAUGCUAGUGUAUGUGCGGAGAACUGGACGAUCCACGAGCCGAAUGUUGUCUGCAGGGAUCUGGGAUUUAACGGUGGCAUAUUGCUUGGCAACCAGAUCUAUUGGAAUCAGUCCGUUUCGCAUGAGACCCGCAAAGAUCGGUUUCAUUGUACAGAGAACGAGAAGAAUUUGAAGAACUGCACACAUUACAUUGGGGAAUCAUGUCCGGACCAAUUAUCACAUGCUUCGUUGCUAUGUUUCCAUGAAAACGGUAAGUCUAUCUCCUUUUCCCUUUGUUAA